GAAUGUGCGUGCGGAGUGCUUCAUUCCCAGGGCGACCUGGUUAUCUUGUGAUGGAGCAGCUGUUUGUGAGUCCAGAGAAAAGUGGCCAGAAGAUGCCGCACUCCUUGCAGGGUGUGGACUUAUGGGAUGUCCCAAAUUCUGCUUGGCUCUGUGUGGGAGACGUUGAAGGAGGAGUUUUGUAUUGGGGUGCAGUGGGCUUGAGAACCCCCGUGGAGAAGACUGGAUCCUGAUUUCAGAUGGCCCUGGCUUCCUGGAACGGACACCGGGUUGCGACAGCAAGAACUUUGUUGAGAAUGUUCUCCAAAGCACGACCGUAAUCUUAUUUAGCGUGUUUGUUUCACUUACUUUUGCCACUUGUUUUUCCUAACUCCUGGAGGCACGUGACACUUGAGGAAGCUGGAGAGACAUGGGUUUGGGAAUCCAGUUCUGUGGACACCGAGUUCUGGAUGUUUCUCGGAUUUUUGAAAACCACGUAGGGACUUGUCUCUCUGUCUCGCUUGCUUCGGUUACGGAGGAGGGCUGAUCAUCCUGUGACUCACUCCCAGAUUUCAUGAAAAUCUAAGUAUGUUGGGUUCUCUGGAUUAACAACGUAGUACUUUUAACCAUCGUGGGGGGAGGGGGGGUCACAAAAUUAGAAGCAAAGAGGAGCCCAGGCCUUAUUUUCUAAUUCUUUUACUUGAAAUGUAGGAGCUUCUCAAAAUACUCAUCUGGUAGAGAAAGGAAUGCAUCUGUUUCAGGAUCCCUGAUGUCUUUUGCUGAAAAUGUCAGUGUGCCUACAAAGUACAUUCCACUUUUCAUUAUUAUCUUUUGAACGUAAGCAUUUGGAUCCUUUGCCGUACCCAAAUCUAGUUAUUGAAAAUAAAUCGUGGGGCGCCUGGGUGGCUCAGUCAGUUAAGCAUCCAACUUAGGCUCAGGUCAUGAUCUCAUGGGCCGUGAGUUCGAGCCCCGCCUCGGGCUCUGUGCUGACAGCUCGGAGCCUGGAGCCUGGAACCUGCUUCGGAUCCUGUGGCUUCGCCUCUCUCUGUCCCUCCCCGGGUCAUGCGCGCUCUCUCUCUCUCUCUCUCUGUCUCAAAAAUGAAUACACUAAAAAAUGUUUUUAAAGAAGACAAAUCGAAUUUUAGGCUCACACUAUGAAAUAUCAUCUGGGUGAGAACUCCCCAGCUUCUGGAACGAUCAGUUGACUCUUAUCCCAUGACCAAACUCCAAAAGAAUGGUCCUCGUAUGUUAUUGGUGCAUUGAGUACAUUCAUUUGAAAUGAACACCGUCACCCUAAUACAGCACUACCUUUAAUUUGGGGGCAAUUUGCUCAGAAUUUAUGUGCGUCUCAUAAGUUCGUAAAAAACGAGGUUAGUCGUGUGUCACUUGCCACAUUGGAAUAUCCCAACUUUCCUGGAGCCACAGAGAAAACACCCCCACACACCAAUCUAAAGUUCAGCUCUUUUUAUAGUAACAUAGAGGCAGGCAUAUUAAAUUAUUAUGCCAUGUUUCUGCCAGGUUUUGACUUUUUUUUUGAGUUCUCCGUUAUAAGGCAACCCGAGCGGUCCCCAAGUCCUGCGGCUGCCCGAACGUUCUGAGAGCAUAGCCUAUGCAUGUUAACUAAGGCAUCUCCUGACACCCCAGGCAGGUAGGCAGGUAGGUAGGUGAGGUGGCCACGGACGAGGAGGGAAGCAGGGACAGCGUCAGCCAAGGCCAGGAGUCCCUUGCGGAGCUGGAGUUGAGGGACUCAUGUGUUCCUGGUUACCAGCCUGUGUUCAGAGCUCUGUUCUGGUUUUAAUCCUGCCGGGCGAGAUCCUCUCCCUCUUUGAAGUCCCAGAGCCGCCAAGCAGGGAGGGGGCGAAUCCUUCACAUCAGCCUUUGUCAUUCACACCGAGCCCAAGGGACGAUGUCACUAAGUCAAAUGGAUGGACAAAGAAACACUGCUGGUCUGUAGUGUCUCUUGCUUGUUUUCUUCUGAAGGGCGGCGGUUACUUUUAGUGACGAUCCUUGUCGAAGGGGGUCUCUGACAACCAGCCUUUGGCCUCUUUUUACUCUCCUGUUGCGAAAAUGUGCUACAUGGGCGUGUGUGUGUGUGUGUGUGUGUGAGAGAGAGAGAGAGAGACAGAGACAGAGACAGAGACAGAGAGACCGAGAGACAGGAAGAGACAUUGAUUCUGUUUGUUUCCUUUUCCUGACCUGUACUUAAUUCUAGGUGUUUGGCAGUCUUGGUCCAGUUAGAAUAACUUCGGGGCCUGCGUUUUUAUUGCUCUCUCUCUUUCCAGAAUGUGGCUUCGAUUUCACCCUUCUUGAAAUGCCUAUCCUGAACCUCCCUCACUUUGGGGCUCUUUCUCCUCUAGUGAACAAAAGCAACCUUUGAUAUUCUGAAUUGCACCACCUUUCUCAUUUUUUAUGCAAUGUGAACUUUGAGGAGAACUUUAAGAUAUGAAGAAAAGAUGUGUGUCUCCCUUAUCUUUGGCUUUUGUAAGUUUUUUUUUCCUUCCCCUAAAUCGAUCUCAAUUAACUUUGAUUUCUUUCUUUAGAAAAACCAUGUGCUGAAAUAAUGCUUUGCCAGAUGUGAGAAUGGGUUCCUGCCUCUCCAAACACACACUGGAGCCUUGUCUUAGUUCUACUAGUUUGGUCCACUUUUUCAAAUCUUACGCCGCGUUUGUUUGGUCACGGGAAGCCCUACUCUACUUUAUCUCGGAGGAAGCGCUAUCGGUCGUGAGCGAGGACCAGUCAUUGUUCGAGUGUGCCUACGGAACACCACACCUGGCCAAGACGGACAUGACCGCGUCCUCCUCCGGCGACUAUGGACAGACAUCCAAGAUGAGCCCCCGCGUCCCUCAGCAGGACUGGCUGUCUCAACCUCCAGCCAGGGUCACUGUCAAAAUGGAGUGUAACCCUAACCAGGUGAACGGCUCAAGAAACUCCCCGGAUGAGUGCAGCAUGGCAAAAGGCGGGAAGAUGGCGGGCGCCCCAGACACCGUCGGCAUGAAUUAUGGCAGCUACAUGGAGGAGAAGCACAUUCCGCCCCCAAACAUGACCACGAACGAGCGCAGAGUGAUCGUCCCAGCAGAUCCUACACUGUGGAGUACGGACCACGUCCGGCAGUGGCUGGAGUGGGCAGUGAAAGAGUAUGGCCUUCCGGACGUCGACAUCUUGCUGUUCCAGAACAUCGACGGGAAGGAGCUGUGCAAGAUGACCAAGGACGACUUCCAGAGGCUCACCCCGAGCUACAACGCUGACAUCCUUCUCUCCCACCUGCACUACCUCAGAGAGACUCCUCUUCCACAUUUGACUUCAGAUGAUGUUGAUAAAGCCUUACAAAACUCUCCACGGUUAAUGCAUGCUAGAAACACAGAUUUACCUUAUGACCCACCCAGGAGAUCAGCCUGGACCAGUCACGGCCACCCCACCCCCCAGUCGAAAGCUGCUCAACCAUCUCCUUCCGCAGUGCCCAAAACUGAAGAUCAGCGUCCUCAGUUAGAUCCUUAUCAGAUUCUCGGACCGACAAGUAGCCGCCUUGCAAACCCAGGGAGUGGGCAGAUUCAGCUGUGGCAGUUCCUCCUGGAGCUCCUGUCGGACAGCUCGAACUCCAACUGCAUCACCUGGGAAGGCACCAACGGGGAGUUCAAGAUGACGGACCCCGAUGAGGUGGCCCGGCGCUGGGGAGAACGGAAAAGCAAACCCAAUAUGAACUACGACAAACUCAGCCGCGCCCUCCGCUACUACUAUGACAAAAAUAUCAUGACCAAAGUCCACGGGAAGCGCUACGCCUACAAGUUUGACUUCCACGGGAUCGCCCAGGCCCUCCAGCCCCACCCUCCAGAAUCAUCUCUGUACAAGUACCCCUCAGACCUCCCUUACAUGGGCUCCUAUCACGCCCACCCACAGAAGAUGAACUUUGUGGCCCCCCACCCUCCCGCCCUACCCGUGACCUCGUCCAGUUUCUUCGCCGCCCCAAACCCCUACUGGAAUUCGCCAACCGGAGGUAUAUACCCCAACACUAGGCUUCCGGGCAGCCACAUGCCUUCUCAUCUGGGCACUUACUACUAACGACCUGAGGGACGCCUUUCCCAACAGCAUACGAUCACCAAGAAAUUGCCACCAACUCUAUCGGAGAACGUGAAUCAAAAGUGCCUCAAGAGGAAUGUAAAAGCUUGACUGGCGCUGGGGAAGGAAGCCAGGGACGAGAUCCAAAGACUCUUAACGGGAGGGAUUUACUCAAGUAUUACUCCAGGAAUAAAGAGGAUGCGAAAAAUGUAACGUUAUCUGGACACCUCGGGUGUGGACCCACCUUGUAAAAGACAUUGUAAGUAGAAGCCUGAAGAACUCACGAGGACAGAGUGCCAAAGAAAGCGUUCUUAAGAAGCGUAUAAACUUCAGAGGGGAGUUUGGGGUCCCGCUAGCGCAAACGGGGAUUCAAGUACAGUGAGAGUGGUAACACAGCCUUCCCCUGACAUACCAUUUACAUGUCAUUUUAAGGAAAACUACCUGUAUUUAAAAAUAGAAACAUAUCAAAAAAGAAAAGAGAGAGACUGUGGCCCGUCGACAGAUACCGAGAUGGAACUCAGUAGAACGUGCUGUUUGGGUGAAAUCAGAUGCAUUCCGUUCGGGGGAGAGCCACAGCUCCCGGACGGUAUCAGGGGAACUGAGCCCGGCGGUGGGGCCGGGGCCGUCUGCGGACAGCGAGCGUGUGGUUGUAGACAGAGGGCUGGAGGAGGUGCAAGAGAAGGGAGCGGAGGAGGAGGAGGCCAGAGGGCUGGGGGAGACGCUUGUCAAGCAGUGGAGACUGGACUUGGGACAGUGCAGAGGCCGGAGACUGAGUCGGGAGACUUGCGGGUUCAUUGGUCGGUGCCCUACCAAACCCAGUGUUAAGAGGAAGAAUAUGGCGUCCAGGACGAGGGGAAGUAGUAGAAUUCAGGAACAAGAAUACGCAUCUCUCUUUUUUGUUUGUUUGUUUGUCAAAAGAAAAAUUUAACUGGAAUUGUCUGAUAUUUAAAAGAAACAUUCGAGACCUCAUCGUUAUGGGGGGGGGGGGGCUCUGUUCCCCACAGGGUCAGGUAAGAGGUGGGUAGCCUUCUUCGAUGCUGCCAUCGGAAACCAUCUAGGCGUUUGGGUUGGGCAGAGGCUCCGGGUUUCCUUUCGAGUCGCAAACGCUGUGCGUUUGUCAGAAUGAAGUAUACAAGCCAAUGUUUUUUCCCCCCUUUUUAUAUAAUAAUUAUAUAACUUAUGCAUUUAUACACUACGAGUUGAUCUCGGCCAGCCAAAGAUACACAACAAAAGAGACAAUCAAUGAUAGAAUGUGGCCUUGAAUUUUAACUCUGUAUGCUUAAUGUUUACAAUAUGAAGUUACUAGUUCUUAGAAUGCAGAAUGUAUGUAAUAAAACAAGCUUGGCCUAGCAUGGCAAAUCAGAUUGA